AUGUUUUCCACAAGAGAGAAUCGAUGUCAUCGCUUCCAGGCCAACAUCUUCAACAAAAGUAAAUGUCAAAACUGUUUCAAAACCGUGGAUUCGCACAAACUCAGCGAGGCAGACCUAUAUCAAAGCAAGCCUCUACAGGUGGGAUGGCUUCUGUUGGCACCUGAAGGUAUUGACUUAAGCAGUCCUUGCCACAGGAAACGGAAAUGGCAGAGGAGAUAUUUUGUGCUGUACGAACACGGCCUCCUGCGCUACUCUCUGGAUGAGAUGCCAGGUACGCUGCCCCAAGGAAGUGUGAAUAUGACCCGGUGUUGUGAAGUUCUUGAUGCUUCAUCUCAAACAGGUUUCCAGAACUGUUUGAAGCUAUGCUUUUCUGAAAGAGACUUCUACAUUAAAACAGAAAACACAGACUCCAUCCACAGGUGGCAGGAAAAUUUGACCGCUUUCCCCAAAGCUGCCAAAGGAAAUCAGAGGAAGAGAAAAGAUCUUGAUUAUCCGCAGAAAUAA